AUGGCUUCGACACAGCAAAAGAGCCUGAUCCACACGGCAGGUUGUUUGGUUAUCGGUGACGAAGUCCUUGGAGGCAAGACAGUCGAUACGAACUCGGCGUACUUUGCCAAAUUCUGCUUCUCAUUGGGCAUCAACUUGCGCCGCAUCGAAGUCAUUGCAGAUGAUGAAGGCGAGAUUGUAGAAGCCGUGCAACGCAUGUCCAAGAACUACGACAUGGUGGUGACGAGUGGCGGAAUUGGUCCUACUCACGACGACAUCACUUACCAGUCAAUAGCCAAGGCCUUUGGCCUCCCGUUGAAGUUACACGAUGCGGCGUUUGAACGUAUGAAGCGCCUCUCGAAGCCGCACAAGUCUCAGCCAAACUUUGACUGGAACGUCGAGUCUGCAGCGCUUACAGCAAAGAAGCGCAUGGUUGAACUGCCUAUUGAUGAAUCCAAGCCAGAUGAAGAUCAGGUUAUUUUCGUCAGCGAGUCGCUUUGGGUUCCCGUUAGCGUCGUGAACGGUAACGUGCACAUUCUGCCCGGAGUGCCUCGCCUCUUUGAAGCGAUGCUAGACGGACUAAAGCCCCGCAUCCUACCUAGAUUGACGGAUCCAGAGGGUAAAGGCGUGUUGCGGAUCCUCAUCUCGACUCCGAUGGCCGAGAGCGCCGUUGCUGGAUAUCUGACCGAGCUCGCUGCCAAGGCGGAGCCAAAAGGGGUCAAGGUGGGAAGCUACCCACGAUGGGGAAAGGACCACAACACUGUGACGCUAGUUGGACGCGAUCGCGACUUCAUGGAGAGCUUAGUUCCUGAAGUAGAGACGGCUGUUCAGGGGAGGCGCGUAGCUGUAGAAGGCGAGGACGACGGAGAGACGUCUGACAAGGACUCAUAG